ACAUACGUCGGACGUGUUGGGGUCUCCCUCAAUAAAAACACUCCAGUGGCGAAAUUAGUAAUAGGUCUAUAGGUUGGAUAAAAUGUAAAAGUCAAGUAAGGGUAAAAUAAAAGCACAUAGGCUAUUUAUAGGUUUUGUUUAAUGGUAUCGUACUCAUUGAGCCUUCUCGGAUCACACCAUGCAUCUCGCCAUUGAGGUUUAGGUACUUCUCGGAUCACACCAUGCAUCUUGCCAUUGAGGUCUAGGUCGGUCAGGAAGACACAGAUCCAUUAUCCUUUCAUGGUAUUUCUCAUCUAACUGUGGGUAUUUUAUGGAAACUGGUGGAGUUUACCGGCAUCACUUGGUAUUGGUUUGCAGAAGAGUAGACAGGAGCUGAUUAUAAUACGAAAAUAUAUGCAUCAACUUGAACAAAGUGACAUUUCUUUAUUCAUUGUAUGAAGCAAUCCAACAAACAUGGGCUCGCCCUGUAUGGAUGUCUGACAUUUGUCAUCACUCUCUGUCUUACUUCAACUAAAAAGUCAAGAUUAAAGAUGUUAGCACAAUCGCAAAUUUUCGGUUGAUACAAAUUGAACUUUGACUAUCUUGCAACGAGAAUUAUAAUGGAUUAUCAGAGAAAGUGUUGGAUGUUUAUGUUUCUCAUGAUGAUAGUUCUCUUCCAAGACACGAACGCAAAGCGUUUUGUGCUGAUUCAUGGAUCAGGACACGGAGCUUGGUGCUGGUACAAGCUAGUGGCUCUGCUAACAUCAUCCGGUCAUGACGUUGCAGCCCUUGAUAUGCCUGCCUCAGGGAUCAAUCUACAGCACGUCCUUGAUGUUCCAACCAUAUCUAAUUACUUUAGGCCACUGAUGGACUUCAUGGAUUCUAUUCCCACACGAGAGAAGGUGAUUCUCGUAGCUCAUAGCUCUGGUGGGUUGGCUGUUUCUCGAGCCAUGGAGAGGUUCUCGGAUAAAAUUUCUGUCAGCGUUUUUGUCACAGCCCUGAUGCCGGGUGCAUCUCUCAACGUCUCCACCCUCAACCAGGAGUUUCUCAGGAGUCAACAAGGUUCUCUUAUGGAUAGCCGAUAUUCAUACGAUAAUGGAGACGACAAACCUCCAACCACUUUAAUGUUAGGGCCCAAGUACCUGUCUGUGAACAUGUAUCAGCUGAGCCCAAUUCAGGAUUGGUCAUUGGCGACUAUGUUGGUUAGACCAGUGUAUUUGUACACUGAAGAAGAUAUGUCGAGAGAACUAGUGUUGUCGAGUAAAAAGUAUGCGUCGGUUAGCCGGGUUUACAUCAUGACUGAUGAAGAUAAGGUUGCAAGAAAAAAGCUGCAGCAGUGGAUGAUCAGACAAAACCCCCCAGAUGAAGUUGUAGAGAUCGAAGGAUCUGAUCAUAUGGUUAUGAUGUCUAGGCCUACUGAGCUGUUUGAUGUCCUGCUCCUCAUUGCUCAGAAUUACUCUUGAAGGAGUCUUGGUUGGUGUCAAAUAGCAAUAACGCCAUAGCAAAUUCUACUCUUUCAGCCUUUGUUUUAUUGCAUCAGUGUGAGAAUACAAAGUAUCGGCAUUAUUUUUUUAUUACAACGGCAUGUCCGACUUCUUACAACUUGCAGCCAAUAAUUAACCCAUGCAUAUCUCCUGAAGUUGCAGUAUCUAAUGAUUCAUUAACAAAUAAAAAUCAUUGGAAAAUCUAUGGUUUGUACGCCGGAUCUAAGAAGCCUUCACCGAUUAAACGAAGAAACACAUCAGCAUCUUUUAAUGCUUGUUUUAGACAGCAACAUUUUACAGAAAUCCAAGAAACCUCACCCCUCAAGUCCCAUGAAAAUCUGUUGCUGUUUUCUUCCUCAUACAACAGCUUAAUACACAAAGUUUCUUAAAAACUUCAGUUAGUUAUCAUCAACAGAACUACAUAAGUAUACUGUAUAUAUGAAUCUGAAAGAGCCGGCAACAGAUGAGAAAGGAAACGCUGUAUUCAUAAGCAAAAAGCUCUUCACUAACAAGACUUCAUGUACUUGAACAGAAAACUUGAUUCUUGAAAUUAAAGACAAAAAAUAACUACUAUACACCUCACGCCAACUGUACAUGAAGUACUCUCCCUUUUUCAGACAAAACCGGAUCGAACGAUGGAAUUCAA